UAUUGUUAAAAUGAGUGAACAAAACAACGACGAUAUAACCGAUGGCACCAGCGAAAACGAUCGAUGCGUCGAAAUGUUAAACAAACGACCACGGCUGUUGUCUUUCCAAGGGCUAAGCUCCCAUUCACGUGCCCUUGCCGAUAGAGACGUUCCCGUACCGAUGGCUAGCACCUCGUCCAGCUCACUCGAACACAUCAGCCGUCGGGAGCAGCUGGCGAACGAUCUACGCAGCUGGCAGGAAAGUCAAAUCGCUGCCUGUAUAGAUGACAACAUACUAAACAUGGUAUUGGAACGGUUUCUUGUGUUCUUCGAGCGACGAAAUAAUAGCUCCAGCAGUAGCGCACAGCAACCUUCGCGGGUGAACGAUGAUGAAAUUUUGGAAGAUGAAGCAGUUCGAAUGGCAAUCAGUGCUCGGGGGCUGCUACCUGCCAGGGCGGAUGAAUUGGCCGGACCUUCCGGCAGCCAGUCGGUACCAGUUGCUGUGACAGAAAGCAAUCCCGUUGUAGAACCACCCGAACAAAGCUGGCCGGAAAUGGGUCGAGCUGUGCAUGACAAUUACAUUCUCGAGACGGCAGUGGCAGCGGCCAUUCAGGAGAAGGGCUUAAUAACGGGCUGUUCCGAGGGUGAAGAGUCGAGCGACAGUGAUGGGAGUGUGCAUGGGGAAGAGGACGACGCUAGGUAGUCGGAG